AUGUCUACCUUAAAUAAAAAUAAUAUGGUAGAAUCAUCAUCUUCUGCAAGUUCAGUGGAGAAUGAUACAGAGUCAUCUCCUUUACCCUUUGAUGCUGCGGCUUUUCAAGAAAAUAUAAAUACUAUGUUUGUUAUGGAUAAUGAAAGUAAAAUUUUAUCAAGAAGGAAUUCAGAGGUUAUUUCAAUGAACCCAUCUGUAGAAUCUAAUGUUUAUUUAGCAAGGCAAAUUUCAAGAGCUCAAUCUGGUUGUCCAAAUAAUAAUAUUAGUGUUAACUCACAACAGCAGAUAAAUAGCUCUGGUGUUUCGGAUUUUACUUCAAGUACACCUCAAGAAUUCUCUCAUUCAUUAUCUUUGAAGCAGAAAAACGAGUUCCAAGUAUCAGAAAAAGAACGCUUAAUUAACACUUCAGCAGUUGACGAAAAUGAAUUUAUGGACGUAGACUAUUCAAAUACUCUCCCAAUGGGUGGAGACAGGCCUUAUCCACCUGCAUUACCUUCUAAAGAUCUUUAUGAAGUUACGUUUGAUGGUGCGGAUGACAAGUUGCAUCCUUUCAACUGGUCUAUGAAAGAAAAGACAAUUACUUGUGCAAUCUUAUGUUUAGAUUGUAUCACCAUUACAUUAGGUUCAUCUAUUUUUGCACCAGGUGUUACUCAAAUAUCCGAGCAGUAUGACAUUAUUACUGUUGUAGCUAUCUUGGGUAUAACCUUAUACGUUUUAGGUUUUGCUGCCUCUCCAGUUUUGUAUGCUCCAUUAUCAGAAAUAUAUGGUAGAAAGCUAAUUUUGGUAAUUUCAGGGUUUGGUUUUGCUUUAUUUCAAUUUGCUGUAGCAACCGCUGAAAAUUUGCAAACCAUUAUGAUUUGUAGAUUUUUCAGUGGGUUAAUUGGUGGUGCUCCAAUGGCUGUUGUCCCUGCUGUCUUUGCAGAUAUGUUUGAUACUAAUUUCCGUGGUAAAGCCAUCUGUUUAUUCUCUGCCUUUGUCUUUAUUGGUCCAAUUUUGGGUCCAAUCAUGGGUUCUUACAUUGUUCAACAUACUAGUUGGAGGUGGCUAAACUAUGUAGUAGGUUGCUUGGCUAGUUUAGUGUUUGUUUUACUAUGUGUUUUUGUAAAGGAAAGUCACCAUGCAACAAUCUUAGUUAAUAAAGCAAGAAAGAUGAGAAAGGAAACUGGUAAUUGGGGGAUUAGAGCUGCUCAUGAGGAUGCGGAAUUAUCACUUAAAGAGAUUUGUGAAACAACAAUCACAAAACCAAUUGUUCUUUUAUUUACUGAGCCUGUCUUACUAGUUAUUUCGUUGUACAAUUCAUUUGUUUAUGGUAUUUUAUAUCUAUUGCUUGAGGCCUAUCCCAUUGUUUUCAUCCAAGGGUAUGGUUUGACAGUUAACGGGUAUUUGCCAUACUUGGCCUUAAUUGUCGGUAUUAUCAUUUGUGCAGGUAUGAUUUGGUAUGCUGAUACUGAUUAUUCCCAACAAGUAGCUAAGCAAAAGAAAUUGUUGCCAGAAAGGCGUUUAUAUCCAAUUAUUAUUUCAGGUAUUGUUUUCCCAAUUGGUAUUUUAUGGUUCUGUUGGACUGGUGCAUAUCCUGAAAAGAUCCACUGGAUUUGUCCUACUAUUGCUGGUUCUUUCAUUGGGUUUGGUUUAAUUGGUAUUUUCUUGCCAUGUUUGAAUUACAUUAUUGAAUCAUAUUUAUUUAUUGCUGCUUCUGCAGUUGCUGCUAACACUUUUAUGAGAUCAACAUUUGGUGCUGUCUUCCCAUUGUUUGCCGGGUACAUGUUUAAAGGCAUGGGUACAGGUUGGGCCGGUCUAUUAAUUGGGCUGUUUGCAGCUGCUAUGAUACCUGUACCUUUCUUACUAUUGAAAUAUGGUCCAACCAUAAGAGAGAGAUCAAAGUACGCUUAUAGUGAAUGA